GGCCUCUGCUGGUGGAGGUAGUUUCUGGCUUCUCGCAUCCUCCUUGUCCCAGCGUGUGUUGAUUGUGAUUUCCGCGAUGAGCUCCCAGAGAGGGAACGUGGCCCGUUCCAGGCCUCAGAGACAUCAAAAUACGUUUAGCUUCAAAAAUGACAAGUUUGAUAAGAGUGUUCAAACCAAGAAAAUUAAUACAAAACUUCAUGAUGGAGUAUGUCAGCGCUGUAAAGAAGUUCUUGAGUGGCGUGUAAAAUACAGCAAAUACAAACCAUUGUCAAAGCCUAAAAAAUGUGUUAAAUGUUUACAAAAGACAGUGAAGGAUUCUUAUCACAUAAUAUGUAGACCAUGUGCCUGUGAACUUGAAGUUUGUGCAAAAUGUGGAAAGAAAGAAGACAUUGUUACUCCGUUUAAUAAAGAACCAGAAAAGACAGAAAACAUUGAAAAUAAUCCAUGUUCUGACUGUAGAAGAAGCUGCAGAAGAAAUGAAGAAGAAAAUGAUGAUUUAGACUUUGAUAUUGAUUUAGAUGACUCAGAAGAAGAUGACAAAUAGAAUAAUAUAUUUAAAGUCAGUGUGAAAACAUGAAAUUCUAAACACUUUGAAGGUUUUACAAAAAACUGUGAAAUCUUAAGGAAGAAUUUGGAAUAACCUAUAGAGUGGCAACAUUUAUACAUGGACAAUAUAAAUUGUGUAUGAUAUUUGAGUAAUUAUAAAACUUACGCAGUUUUCUUACAAUAAAUUUUUAAGUAGCAUAUGCUAGAGUAUCUGCCAAAAUGAGCAUUGGGGUAUCUUAUUGCAGUUCAUGGGAAUUAUUUAGAAGAAUAUGCUACCUAAUACCAUAGUAAACAAGAUUCAGAAUUGAAGGUUUUUUUAGAACUAUAUCAUGGAAAAAUCAGAUGACAUAUUGCUAGCCUCAAAAAUUGGUCCUCAGUAUGUACCCUUUGAUAAAUUUAUCUCAAGUAAAUAACCCACAUAACAAGAGUCCCCUUACCUUAUGUUUGGGUGCUUUA